AUGCCAGAGCCGCCCGGCAAGCCUCUUUCAGAAGUCAAGUUGGAGUCGAUCACGCCCACAGCCUUGGGCAGCGGCGCCACCGCACAUCCGGGCGACGGCAACGCAGAGGAGGUCGGAGUUGAGAAGAAUGGCCGCGUUGUUGACGAGAAGAAGGGCCACAUUGUCCAGAACGCCAACAACGUCAUCACAGGCGCAAACACAACCCCCCAGGCAACCACCAACGUCAACAACAACACUGUGGCCAAGUGUGUUUCCUCUCCGCCCCUGGCCGAUCAGUCGCAACUCGAGCCAGUGAAAGGCUAUGAAAAGUUCAAAAGGCAGCGGGAGGCGUAUGUUCGCAAGUUUGGGGAGGGGUACGAGAAGCACCCAACCUACAAGAAGUUUCUCAGCAGGUCUCCCCUCUGCAAUGCACUGUACCAAGAAGAGGUGAACAAGAACCUCAAGCGGAAGGCGGAGGUCAUCGACCUCAUGGCCGAUAGCGAGGACGAGGAUGACAAGGUCGAUGGCGAGGCUAGGCUUGGUUCCGCCGCUCUCUCCACUCCCGCCGACACUUCUGUCACCUCGCUCCGUGAGAACACCGCGGCAGUCGGAGGCACCACAGAUCCCUCCUUGGUGUCUGCCCCCAAUCUGUCGUUCCUCAGUGCUGUCGCCAGCAGCGGCAGCCCCAAGUCCAAGGGCAAGGCGGAUAAGAAGAACAACUCAUCUCCCGCCGACACCCCCACCAAGCCCAGGAGGAAGCAUCGCAAGAUCAUGAGCGCUGAGCCCUUGGACCAAGCUGCGACCCCCACGCAGGCUGACGCGCCGGCCAUGCCACCUGUCUCCGAAUUGGUCACAGUGGAGAUGUGGAAGGCAAGCCGGGCCGCUUCGUGCCCGUAUGGCCGUGUCAGGGGUCGUACCAACUCGCCUUCGACGGUGCCGCCUUCAGCGUCCUUUGCUCUACCUUUGGUCCAGCCCCCGGCGCAGCCCAAGCUGCCGGCCCAUGUUUAA